AUUUAUUUUGUUCAAAAGCAUGAUAUUGAAUGUGGGGAUUCCUUCCCAAGACGAGCCUGCGCAGUGAAAAAAGGCGUCUUUUUAAAAUCUGCAAAUAUUAUUAGAGAGAUUAGAGAAGAAUGCUCAUCCAACAAUACAUACAUCUUUAUAUAUAUAUAUAUAUUCUUGGCCUUUGCAAUAUUUGAUGCAGUGGUCGGCAAUGGUGUCAGUCGCAUCGAGUCAACAAUGCAUCAUUGAAAUGAUUAAUUAUGAUUUCUUCCUAGACCUGCUUUGCUCGUUUGUUUGUUUCUGUCUCGAUAAUUUCUUUGUUUGAUUGAGAUUUUUAAUCUGUUUGGCUUUUGAUUGUGUUCCAAUUUGUUGUUUUGGGUUUAUGAACAUUUAUGCAUGCAAGGUGUUCGAUCUAUUGCUCCAGUUUGCUCGACGUGGCUUAUGAUAUCGCGUUCCGAGUUGCUGUGGCAAAACUUGGCGAGACGUAUCUGGAACGUUCGAAGCCUCGAGCGUGGCACUUGGCGCGAAGAGUACAUCUACCGGCACCGGACGGCGAGCAAUUUCCGCGUGCCGAGAUACAUCUACACCACACUCCAAUUUGUCGCGCCGGAGGACGACAACAACAACAAUAACAACAACGACGGACUCGUGUGUCGCAGGCUUGCCUUGUCGACCCGCCACAUUGCCGCCGGGUUCUCCAACGGCGCCGUUCGCCUGUUCCAUCUUCCGAGCCGGCUUCACGUCUCCACAUUCUACCCGCAGCACCGCGAUCGUCUCGGUCGAUUCUCAAGCGCCGUCUCGGGGAUCAUCCUAUCCGACUACAGCCUCGUGUUCGCCACCGUCGACGGCGACAUCCACGCAGCCGUCAUCAACGGCAUCACGCCGCUGCGCCGCGCGCAUUUGGGCGACGUCGUGAACGACGGCGCAUUGGUCGACUUCGCCGGCAGCAGCCAGUGGUGGGUCGGCCUCUUCGCAGGUGUCCCGGGCCGGGCCUUCCACAUAUGGAACGGUGAGACUGAGGAGCUAGUUUUCGUCGGCGGAACCCUAACCGAUCCGGAAGCCGUAAUGGGGUGGCAUCUACUAACCGAGCUAACCGAUCUAAUCGGGCGGGUGAGAGUGACGUGCCACGAGAGCGCCGUGGCAUGCACGAAUCUCCGAGUGAUCGUAUUCGACCUACGGAAUCAAGGGGUUAUAUUAGGCGAAGAGGAGAUCCGGAGGGGGAUAAUGGUGGGGAUGUUCGACGCAAACGACGAGUCAGCAAUGGUAGUGGACGGCAGGGGUGUGGCGAGCAUUCGACGAGCGGAGAAUCUCGACGAAGUGUGUAGGUUCCCGGUGAGGGGGGCGGCGCAGCAUAGGGGGGCUCUAGGGAGCGUAAACGGAGGGUACGCCGUCGUUUUCGUCGGCGGGGUGAUUAGGGUUUGGGAGAUAGAGAAUGGGAGGAGUUUGUACAAUGUGGAUGAGAUGAUUGGGGAAUGUGAUGCCCUAAUUGUGGAUGAAAGGUAUGUGGCAGCUUCAUCUGGGGAUGGGAUAAUUCAUGUUUGGGAUUUUGGGGCACAAUGAUAUUAAGGAAGAAGAAGAAGAUGAAGAAGAAGUGAUGAGUUUGAUGAUGUUAAGGUUGUUGAUGGAUUUUGAUGAUGUUAUGGAUUAGGGUUUGUUUGUGAUUGGUUUUGAUAGUGAUAGGGCAGGCCAAAAAGAACCCUUUUGUUUGUUUGUUAGUUUGUAUUUUUGGAAUGGAUUGGAUUUGUCUAAGAA